AUGGAUGACAGGCAGCUGUGGCUGGAGUGUGCCAGACCUGCCUGCCAAGGGUCUGGGAGCAAGAUCCUGAUUGAACCUCCUAGUCCCUACACCAGCUUGGAGACUCAGGAUGGCUAUUUUUCCCACCGGCCGAAAGAGAAAAUGCGAACAGACAGCAAUAAUGAAAAUUCAGUCCCCAAGGACUUUGAAACUAUUGAUAAUAGUAACUUUGCUCCUAGGACUCAGAGGCAAAAACACCAGUCUGAACUGGUGAAAAAACCCCUUAGCAAACAAAAGGAGCACUUGAGAAAGAAACUGGAAGAGGAAAAGAUGAAGGAGAACUUGCUGCUGGGGAAGAACUCCAAUGAGGUGGUGCAGUUCAGUGAUCACCUGGGAAAAAACAGCAGCUACAGCAACAGUCUGAAGGAGAUUGACAGGUCUCCCACACAGCAUCUUUUACAGAAAAUUGAGAACAGCUCCCCAGAACUGAAAUACGACCAACCACCCAAGUGUGAGGUGACGGGCAAGGAGGCGAUCUCGGCCAUGUCCCGCGCCAAGUCCAAGCAGUGUCGCCAGGAGAUCGCGGACGUUUAUUGCCAGCACAAGGUCGGGAAGCUGAUGCCGGAGCAGGUGACACGUUUCUGUGCCCUGGAGGGAAAAGCCAACAACAAUGUACAGUGGGAUGAGGACUCCGUAGAAUACAUGCCAGCCAACCCAGUCAGGAUCGCAUUUGUCUUGGUUGUUCAUGGCAGAGCUUCCCGGCAGCUCCAGCGCAUGUUUAAGGCUAUUUACCAUAAAGACCAUUUUUAUUACAUUCAUGUUGACAAGCGAUCCAAUUACCUGCACCGGCAAGUGCUGCAGUUUGCCAGCCAGUACCCAAAUGUGAGAGUCACCUCCUGGAGAAUGGCCACUAUCUGGGGAGGAGCAAGUCUUCUGACCACCUACCUGCAGACCAUGAAGGACUUAAUGGAGAUGAGUGACUGGCCCUGGGAUUUCUUCAUUAACCUCAGUGCUGCCGACUACCCAAUCAGGACAAAUGAUCAGCUCGUGGCAUUCCUGUCCAGAUACCGCGAUAUGAACUUCUUGAAAUCACACGGGAGGGACAAUGCAAGAUUUAUCAGGAAACAAGGGCUGGAUCGGCUCUUCCUGGAGUGCGACACGCACAUGUGGCGCCUGGGGGACCGCAAGAUCCCAGAGGGAAUCACAGUCGAUGGAGGGUCAGACUGGUUCCUCCUGAACAGGAAGUUUGUGGAAUAUGUCACUUUUUCCAACGAUGAUCUGGUGACAAAGAUGAAGAGGUUUUACUCUUACACACUGCUUCCUGCCGAGUCCUUCUUUCACACCGUGCUGGAGAACAGCCCGUUCUGUGACUCCAUGGUGGACAACAACCUGCGCAUCACCAACUGGAACAGGAAGCUGGGCUGCAAGUGUCAGUACAAGCACAUUGUUGACUGGUGUGGCUGCUCACCCAAUGACUUCAAACCAGCAGACUUCCACAGGUUCCAGCAGACUGCCAGGCCAACUUUCUUUGCGCGCAAGUUUGAAGCCGUGGUGAAUCAGGAGAUCAUUGGCCAGCUGGACUAUUACCUGUACGGGAAUUACCCGUCGGGCACGCCGGGGCUGCGCUCCUACUGGGAGAACGUGUACGAGGAGCCGGACGGGCUGAGCGCCCUCAGCGACGUGGCCCUCACCAUGUUCCACUCCUUCUCGCGCCUGGGCCUGCGCAGGGCCGAGACCUCGUUCCACGCUGCUGGGGACAACAGCUGCCGAUACUACCCCAUGGGCCAUCCAGUUUCCAUCCACCUUUACUUCCUUGCUGACCGUUUCCAAGGCUUCCUGAUCAGGCACCACGCAACCAACCUGGCUGUCAGCAAACUGGAAACCUUGGAAACGUGGGUGAUGCCCAAGAAAGUCUUCAAGAUCGCAAGUCCACCGAGUGAUUUUGGGAGGUUGCAGUUCUCAGAGAUUGGCACUGAGUGGGACGCCAAGGAAAGGCUUUUCCGGAAUUUUGGAGGACUCCUUGGGCCAACAGAUGAGCCAGUUGGGAUGCAGAAAUGGGGGAAAGGCCCCAAUGUCACCGUGACUGUCAUUUGGGUGGAUCCCAUUAAUGUAAUUGCAGCAACAUACGAUAUUCUGAUUGAAUCCAGUGCCGAGUUUACUCACUACAAACCACCUCUGAAUCUGCCCCUGCGACCUGGUGUCUGGACAAUAAAAAUUCUGCACCACUGGGUACAGGUAGCUGAAACCAAAUUCCUCGUUACUCCUCUCACCUUCUCAAAUCAGCAGCCUAUCAAACAAGAGGAAGCCAUCAAGUUUCACAGCGGGCCUCCGAAGAACGCGUACAUGGAGCAGAGCUUCCAGGGCCUGAACCCCGUGCUCAACAUCCCCAUCAGCGCCGCCCGCGCCGACCAGGCCAAGCGCAACGCGGGGCUCGUGGGCGCCCGCCUGGACGCCUGGGUGGACUCUCUGGUCAGCAGCCUCUGGUCGGCCGUGGACAUCUGCAGCGUGGGAGCCACGGCCUGCCCCGUCCUGCAGGGCUGUGCCCAGACCGCCUGGAGCUCCCUGAGCCCCGACCCCAAGUCCGAGCUGGGCCCCGUCAAACCCGACGGCCGCCUGAGGUAGCACCCGCUGCGCUCUGCCCCGGCAUAGGUUUUUAAAAGGGAAUUGAACCUUGCUUCUCUGUGAAUCUCACACCAGGUUUCAGAAAUCUAAGGGAAAGUUACGUUUUUUUUGUUACUUAUUGCAAUAGAAUUAAUUUUAAAAAAACAAAACAAAAAGUUCUGAAGUUCUGACAAGGCCUUUGGCACUGCCCUCUCCAUCUGCUGUGCUGGGAGCUGCUUGCCCCAUCCCGCAGCCCGCGCUGUCCCACGGGACCCGUCCAUCCCAGGUGCCACUGCACCCACCAUCCUGUGGGCUUGCCAACAGCACCACCAAGCCAUGGAGAGGGCACUGAAGGGGCAGCUGCUAAAGGGUUUUUCUUAAAAUAAAUUUGUCCGUACCUGUGCUGUUUCAUAGGCUUUUGUUAUUUUGCUACAAUGAGUAAAUCACAGCAAAAUUCCCUUCUACUUGCACUUCCUGAGGAGGUUGGUUCCUGCAGGCUGGAGCCUGUAUGACCACAUGACCUCAGAGAAUGUGAAGUAAUGAUGGUACAGCCUCACUCUGGUUUCUAAUAACACAGUUAUUCUGGACACAGCUGAUGUCUGUUAUCCUAGUUAGAGAAAACGAGCAAAAGCAGAAAUUUUCAGAUUACUUUCAGAGGUUUUUUUUUGACUAAUUUCGUGAUAAGCUCUAAAUGAAACCAGUGUUUUGCUAUAGUAGUCUUUUAUGUCUCAUGCAGUCGGGUUCAGGGUCAGUGUACUAAGAGUAUUUAUUAAAGAACAAAGAAGUUUCUUGAAUUUCAGCCCCUUCAAAUCUGCAGGUAUUUUUGGAAGCCACCAGUACCUGAGUAUUUUCCCAGGCUGCUGGUAGAGCAGGUGUGUAUAUGUGGGCUGGGGUGGGUUGUGAUGUGUCUGCUCACACUCUUUGCUCAUGAGCUGAGCUGAGUUUUUCUCAGGCAGCGGAGUUGUAAACCAGUCAAAUAGUAAAAUUGGGACAUAAAUCUGCAACAACAGGUUUCUUCCCUAAUUUGAGUAGUGGCUUAACACUAAUUCCCUCUCUUGGUCUCAGAUCUCCAUAUCUACCUAAAGAAGGAUCCUUCCAGGCUUUGCCAGGGCAUCUGGAAGGCUGUGCAGGAUGUGGGUUGCUGCCCAAAGCCAGGGGAAGGAGAACAAUGGCAUGUUUCUCUGUGCUUUUACUUUGUUCUGUCAACAAUCUACCCUUGCCUGUCUUCAGAAUUCCUAGCAGGCUGCAUCCUGAUUUAAAUAGACAUAUUUUGCAUCAUUUCAACCUGCAUUUUCUACAGUACGGAAAAAUUAAUUUACAUUCCAAGCACUUUUUAAAAUAUAGGUUUUAUAUACAAAUUCAUCUCCAACUAAUGUAUUUUACAUUAGUGAAAACAUAGACUUUGUUGUUGUUGUUGCUGUGUUAAUCCCUAGUCAGCAACAGAACCAAAAAAAGACCAUUAAAAGCCAUUGGGUUAAUUAGGAAAGAAGUCCUGUUGCUGUAAUAAAGGAAGGUAUCUGUUCACCCUUCUGUGUGCAUGCAUAACUUUCUGCUGAGAGUUAAGUGUCCACAUCAGGAGGGAAACAGACCCCUAGAUCAAUCUGUAAUCUCACAGGAAGGUUGAAUUCUCUUUUAAACAACACUUGCAGUAGGACUGUAACACACAGAUCCCCGUGGCUUGUAGUAUCUCUGUCCUAUUGGUUUAAAGCUACUUCAGUUUGCUUUGGACUUGAAAUUGUGGUGUCAGCUGUGCUGGCAUUAAGGCAGAGCAUUGAAAUCUUUAUCUGGCACAAAAAUGGAUGCAUAGAAGGAACAAUUUAGGUAUUUAUUAUUUAUGUUUUAGUCAAUGACUAAUUAGUAGGUGCUGCUUUUGCAGCUUGAAGAUUAUGUUAUUUUACUAACUGAAGCUGCCUUUAUUAAGAAAAGGCCUUCCUCCCCUCACACCUCCCUUUCUUUUUUUUGAUUUUCUUGAUUUUGUCAGUCGUGAGCAGUAGCUUUAGGGAAGUUUGUAGCAAUGAGAGCUGGUUGGAAUAUUCCAGACAAGAUGAUGUUCCAGCUUUUCAACCGGCUCUGGAAGCAAGCAUGUGUGAAACCAGGGUUGCCAACAGGUUUACGUAACAGAAUCACAGUGUUAUUACUUGUUCAGUAGGAGGUUUUAACAGUGCUUGUUUUUAAUGUAACAUUCCUUUGUGAAGUUCAUCUUUUCUGGGGACUUCCAAUCCUCACUGUGAAAUCCAGGGCUUUAGUGGCACUGAUGCAAUGGCGACUGCACGGUCCAAGCCCUGCAGAUUAAAUGAAGAACGUCUUAUUUAGGGCACACAAUAAAAUUCAUUAACAAGCCCAGUUAACAAGUGCUUGUUCUCAGUAAGACUCCUGAGGUAGUCACAGAAUCUUCAGUCUGUCUUGCACAUAAGCACACGUGUAGGGAUGCACCCACGCACACGCAUGCAGAUAACUUAGUUUUUAAAUUUGAUACUUGUUUUUAUUCUUAAGCAGGAAUGUUUUUAGGUGCUUUUUUGGUAAGUUUUCAUUAACUAGACCAAGCAGAAGGUGACAACAAUCGCGUCUUCUGCGGUUAGGAAAAAAGCUGCCACUUUCAUCAUUUAAAUGUAAGGUGCAAAUUAUUUUGUUUUAGUACAAAAAAGGGAAAGAAAACAGAUGGUUGCUGAUAUAUCAAUUUGCAUUAUAUGCUAGGUUUAAAAUAUCUCAAAGUAAAUUUAUAUGGGAUUAUUUUCUGAAAAGCAAGAAGCAUUUAAACAGUGAAGUUUUGUAGCAAGCUGGAAAUCCCAGUGCUGCUGUUAAAAUAUAGGAUGCAGAGCUGAAGGGGUUGAUCCUGCAGUCCUUCCUUAGGCAAAACUUCCAGAGUGCUAGUGCUGAGUGAGGACUCCAGAGUCAAGUCCUGCAUACAUAAAAGGUGUGACAGUUUGCUAGGGGUAAAUGCUGUCUGUUUGAAGUCAUCAAAGGAUAAGCUGCCUUGUUUGGAACAUCUUCUGGGGUAAUGUUGUUUUGGACCUAAAAAGCCACUUCUGUGAUCGCUGUUAUCAUGCAGAAAUGGAUCCAAAAUAUAUAUAUGGGACUCUGUGUCUGAGUUACAAAGUCCAGUAGUUGUGACUAAAAGACAUGUAAAGCCAGAUUCUGCAUCAGGCGUCAGAGCUGGCUCCGGGGUGAUGCUGCUAAGAUCAGCUCAGUCCUGCACUGUGGCUUCUCUGCUUUGAAAUGGCAGCACUGGGAGCCUGUGAUGAACAUUUUCCAUGGUCAGAAGAGAAUAACUUCACAGAUCUUACAUUUGGUGAAAAGGAGAGUUCAGAGCAGGGACCCACAUUUGGUACAAAAUAUGAGAGUUGUGCAUCUUCAUCUGAAUGUGCAGGUGUUCUUUUCCAGUCACACUGGCCAGUCCUUGCUGAACUGGAUCCCAGCUGAAAGCCUGGCUUGAUCAAAAUUCCUUUCAAUGGGAGCUGUUUAUAUUUCCAUAUGCACACAUUUAUUCUCUGUGUGUAAUGCUUUGCUUGUUUAAAUUCCCUGUCCAUUCUGCAUGACAGCCAUGUAACACUCCUGUGAUCAAUCAGUAUUACAUAGAAAGGGAAUGUGGCAAAAUGCAGAACAUCUACAUACAUGAUUUAAUGAAUUAUGUCCAAAGUCAGUCACAGCAUUAUGCAAACCUGUUUAUAUGAUAAUGUUAAACCCCAAGGCUAAAUGAAAUAGCUCAAAUGACAGUUUAUUUUCAGAUUUGUCCAAUUCUUUCUUUGAUGACAUUUGGACACUGAGUAGUAAUAUUUGCAUUUUCAUUUUCUGAUAUUCAAGGGUGUUUUUUUUUAGAAUUGAAAUUAUGUCUUCAUUUUUUGGGCUCUCAGCAAGCAGAGAAUUUUAACAAUUCCUUCUGAUAGCAAGUGUUAUACAAAAAAGUCCCUCUGUAUCUCUGUUGUUAAGCCUUCAUUACUGCUAAGCCUAGAGAUACAGAAAUGUGCAUUCUUGUGUUACAAAUUGACUUUCCUGGGUACUGGCUUCAGUGCACAAUGCCUGUACAGUUGUUUAAUGGUGUAUUAACAGUGAUCCUGCAGCACCUUCAAAAGUACCAACUAAUGUGCAUUCACUUUCCCUCCAUCUCCUGCAGCACUAAUUGCCAUCCUAAUGAAGCCUCCAUCGCUCUUAGCCAUGGUUAUAGUGAGCACAGUAGUGAAGUCAGUGAAUCAGAACAGGGACAGUGUAAACCUGACCAAAGGGAGACAGAAAGGGUAAAGAAGAUGCUGAAACUUUGCAAAAGUUUGACACAAUUGUGUUGCAACAAACCUUUGAACAAAUUGGGCUCCUUCUGCACAGCAGGGCUGAAAACCAUUGUUGCCCUGAGAUCUCAGCUUUGACUUCCCAGAUAAACAAGAUCCAGAUGUUUCUUGUGGCCCAGCAAUAAGGACCAGCUUUCUGCUGGCUAGCACGCCCUCCUCAUCUUUCCAGCUCCCAAAGCUUCAGGAGUUGGCCACAUGAAACCUCAGCCAAUUCCAGCACUUUCCGUAGAGCAGGAAGUUUUAUACUUGAGUGAGCUAAAUCCCCUAGGCUUCUUCAGAAACCCACCUGCAAAUGAGGAAAGUUUGCUUUUCAGAGCAGCCUUCAGUCAGUUCAGUGCUUGCACACAGGAAGGAGCUGGUGAAAGCAGGUACCUUGUCCUGAUUUUCAGGCAUGGGAAUCUGAUAUAUGUAAGAGGAGACUUGGUUAUUUGAUAUUUCAGUAACAGACUAAGACAGACCUGGUGGGACAUGGUUGGUGACCUUUCCCACUGGCCUUUGCUUCAGUCCAGUUGUGAAAAUAGAAUGACCCAUAUGUGUCUUUAUUUCUACCGUUCAAGACCUCCAGUGUAGUCUUAAGGAUUAGUAGGACUGAAGCCCAUAUUAAAUGACAAUUGACAAUAUCAUGUAAAAAGCCUUUCCAAACCAAACCCUCAGGCUUCUGCCAAGGCAGCUGCAGGGAUGAUGCUGACAGAGAGGAUAGGGAGUGAUGCAGUGUUAGAGAGGACAGAGCACUGCCCUUCCAGAGGCCCAGGAGGAAUUCCUGAGAACAGGAAUACCUGCUGCUGAGCCCUGAGGGCAGCUGCUGCUGCUGCUGCAGCCAGGCACAGAGGAGCCAAAGAAAUGUGAAUUGGGGUUAAGGACAGCAAGGAAGAAUUUUUAGGAUAGCACAUUUUCUUGCAGAAUCUUCAAAGGCAAGCAAACACUCUGAUUUAUAAUUCCCUUCAAAGGUGUAUUGUAGAAGAGGUUGACCUUCAAAAUCUUCACCAUCAUCACAGUAAGGGAAAGAAUAAUCGGGCUGAGAGCAUUUAAAAUUGAUGCUACAAGGCCUUAUAGCCUGUGCUAGCCACCACAGCAGCACUAGGGUGUCUCAGUUAGGUGUGGCACUGGGAGCAGUUACCCUUGUGAUGUGACACUGCAGGUACCAUGUUGAUUCCGUUCCUUCUUACUAACAGUAGUGUGUUGAUCACUCUGCUCUUUGCUUCUGCCUUGGUUACCUUCUUUUGCUCAUGGGUGCUACCACAGCUGCUACCUCACUGUGUCUGCAAACACGUUUACCUGAGAACAACAAAAAAAGGUACCAGAAAUCUCCUUGAACUGAAUGUACAAUCUAUGCAAAUUCUCUUUCUACUUUGUUAAAACCUAGAAGUAUUACUUGUAACCUUGCCAAAUAAACAGCAAGAUACUGUACAGGUGCCUCUGAUACCAGAGUGACAAUUCUAGGCGCGGUUCAUGGCGCUGCAUUUGUAUAUUGUAAUGACUCGGCUUGUCUUUGGUUCUGUUGUAAUUAACACCCUUGACUGAGACAAUAGCACUCCUGCUAGGGGAGCACCUUCAGUUUGCUGGGAAUAUUCCAGAGAAGGAUGUCUAUGGCAUUUCAUUUUCCUGCUUAGAUCCAAAAAAAGGCACAGACCUGCUGGCCAAAACUAGGGUGUUGUUUCAGCUUUUCUGUGGAUGAAUCCUGUCAGCUUUGGAUCGCUUGGUGUCUGUUCCCAUUGUGGCAUCCAGUGUGUUGCCCCUUAAAGAAAGCCUUACUUCCAUCCUUUCUAAAUGUGGCCUUAAACUCUGUUAGGAACUUUGGUGUUGUCUGUGUCUUGCUCACUUUCUCUGUUUGUUGUGGAAUGAAUAAAAGGCACCUUGAGAUUCCUGUUACAGCUCAGUUGUGUUGCUGUCAGCUUACACUUUACAAAUACAAUAGAAAUUGCUUACAAAUGCAGUCUUUAAGGAAAGAAAAUGACCUUCCCUUCGGGCAAAAGGAAGUCUCAGACAUUCAUAGAAACCUUAGGAAAUUAUGAGCUCUGUCUCUUGCAAGUCACUGUAGAUAAGGAACUCGGUUUAAUUACAUACAAAGUACAAACUUAGUAACUUUUAAUUUAUCUUCCGACUGCAACAGGACAGACUGCUCUCAGAUGCACAAGACAAAUUGUAGAGUCAUUUCACUCAUUUUAACAUGGUGUAGUAGCAUUCCUCUCAGAUUUGUACUGGUAGCUGGAAGAAGAAAUAUCCUCUUCAUGGUAUGGUCUUAAAAUCUGAAGAACAUCACCACAUAGGGCCAGAUUUUGGGUGUUGGUUGGGAAUCUAACAGUACAUUUAGAACAUGGUUGUUUUGUCUAAGUCAUAAAUGCAUUUUUGAAAAUCUGGCUUUUGGAAUUUCAUUCAAAGGUUGUCAAAGUCAGCAGAAACCAAUGACUUCUGCUAAGGCUUGUGUAUGUUUGGUUUCUUUGAUACUUUCCUCCAUGAGAGCUGUCAUGUUUCAGUGGGUAGCACCAAUAUUCCCGGCAGGCUGCAGUGCUUUUAGGAAUCCCAAAUCCUGUCCUGUGUUGGUAUUCAGAUGUGGAUACAACCCAAAGGCAACUGAAAAGGGUUUACAUAUAAAACAAGAUUUGUGAAA